GGGGCGGAGCAAAAGGCGAAUGAGGGCAAACACAGGGUGUCCGACGGCGAGGGAGUUUGUGUGUGUCUAUGCGUGUGCUCCGCGCUUGCGCGCGGAGGUGCCGUGGUUGGUUUAGCGGUCGCCCCUGUCGCUCCCCUUCCCCCCUCCACAACCCGGGCAGAGCCGUCAGUAGUCUUUCCCAAUAUGAUGUCCCCAGAUGGGUUGGGCAUUAUUUUCCAGAAUUAACAGUGGCUAUGUUUAUUGGAAUUAUGGACGUUGUAAUCCAACACAUCUGGAGAACAUCAGCUAGAAGAUGGGGAAAAAAAGCCGAGUGAAAACACAGAAGUCAGGUACUGGAACUACAACAGCUGUUUCUCCAAAGGAAAUAUUGAAUCUGAUUAGUGAAUUGUUACAGAAAUGUAGCAGCCCAACUCCUGGUCCUGGAAAAGAGUGGGAGGAAUAUCAGCAGAUCAGAGCUCUUGUUGAGAGAAUUCGUAAAAAGCAGAAAGGUUUAUCUAUUAUAUUUGAUGGGAAAAGAGAAGAUUAUUUCUCUGAAUUAAUAAAAUGGGCCGGAGAGAAUGGUGCAUCCACAGAUGGUUUUGAAGUGGCUAAUUUUGCAGAAGAGGGUUUUGGAUUAAAAGCCACACGAGAGAUAAAAGCAGAAGAACUUUUUCUCUGGGUUCCCAGAAAAUUGUUGAUGACUGUAGAGUCAGCUAAAAAUUCAAUCCUGGGUUCUCUAUAUUCUCAAGAUCGAAUUCUCCAAGCUAUGGGCAAUAUCACAUUAGCUUUUCAUCUUCUCUGUGAACGAUACAACCCUAAUUCAUUCUGGCUACCUUAUAUCCAGACCCUCCCAAAUGAAUAUAAUACUGCUCUUUACUUUGAGGAAGAUGAAGUUCAAUAUCUUCAGUCAACUCAGGCCAUACACGAUAUUUUUAGCCAGUAUAAAAAUACUGCCCGACAGUAUGCCUAUUUCUACAAAGUUGUACAGACCCAUCCUAAUGCCAGCAAACUGCCAUUGAAGGAUUCUUUCACUUAUGAUGAUUACAGGUGGGCAGUUUCCUCAGUCAUGGCUCGACAAAACCAGAUUCCUGCUGAGGAUGGCUCUAGAGUUACAUUAGCUUUGAUACCUUUAUGGGACAUGUGUAAUCACACCAAUGGACUGAUUACUACAGGCUACAAUUUAAAAGAUGAUCGUUGUGAAUGUGUGGCACUUCAAGAUUUUAAACCUGGUGAACAGAUUUACAUUUUUUAUGGCACUCGGUCAAAUGCUGAAUUUGUGAUCCACAGUGGAUUUUUCUUUGAUAAUAAUUUACAUGACAGAGUGAAAAUAAAGCUUGGAGUAAGUAAAAGUGACAGGCUGUAUGCUAUGAAGGCAGAAGUCUUAGCUCGUGCUGGAAUCCCAACUUCCAGUGUUUUUGCUUUGCAUUCAACAGACCCUCCAAUCUCUGCUCAACUACUGGCUUUUCUUAGAGUAUUUUGUAUGACUGAAGAUGAGCUGAAAGAACACUUGAUAGGGGAACAUACUAUUGACAGAAUCUUCACCCUUGGUAAUUCAGAAUUUCCAGUGAGCUGGGACAAUGAGGUGAAACUUUGGACUUUCCUGGAAGCCAGGGCAUCUCUUCUCUUGAAAACCUACAAGACUACUAUUCAAGAUGACAAAUUCAUUUUGGAAACACAAGACCUUACCCGUAAUGCAACUAUGGCUAUUAAAUUGCGUUUAGGAGAAAAAGAAAUCCUGGAAAAAGCAAUAAAAAGUGCUUCUGCUAAUCGAGAGUACUAUGGCAAACAAAUGGCAGAAGAAGCACCCCUUCCCAGAUAUGAAGAAAGUAAUGUUGCCUUGCUGGAGAACACUGUGGCAGACUCAAGCCUCCCAAUUGUCCUGAGAAAUUUGGAGACAGAGGAGCCACAGGAUCUAAAGAUUGAGGAAAGCAUUGGUGCAGAAGCAAAUGGAUUUGUGAAUGGGGACAGUUCUUUGCUUAAUAGGACCAAAUUGGAAAAUGAAAAGCUAAAUCAAGAAGAAAGCAGCAGAGAGACUGAGGAUACCAAAGAAUCUUCUUCAGACAGUACUGAUGAGGUUAAGGAAUAGCUCUAAAUCAUUCUGAUUUUAUUGUGACAUGGAAAACUAGCAGGUGUUCUGAUUCUCCUCUUUGAACAGUAAUUUACAUUGGUGUCUUCUUAACAUUUAUUUCUGCAGAGGAAUGAGGGGUGCUUUUUAACAAGAAAAAAAAAGUUUUAAGUUAUUUAAAAGAUUUAGCAUCCUUUUUAUAUUAAGAUUGCCAUCUUGCUUUUGGAAUCCAGGAAUAGGGCAAGAGAAAAAUACCACUGGAACAUUGUGCAGUCCUUGGUUGAGAAAAUCCAUAUACUUCCUAGGGAAGAGGUCAACCUCAUCUGCUGCUUUUCUGUUCUGUUUACUCUGACUUUUAAAAUUCAAAGCUUGUUGCCCAAGGAAGUGAUAGGAUUUGCUUUUGCUAAAAACUGAAAACAGAAGAGAAUAGGGAAUGGAUAUCAAGAUUGAAAACUAGGAAAGAGUCAGAUCUGCUGCUCCCUAAACAGUAACGUGGCAAUCUUAUUUUUAUUGGGUUUGAAAUAUAGUAAGAAUACAUAUUUUAUUCUAAUUAUAGUGGUUUUUAAGAAUGUUGAUUUAUUUUGUGGUUUGUUUUACUGUAUGAGAAAUUUCAUUCUCUCUUUGCCCCUCCUUUCUCCUCCCACUGCCCCCCAAAAAAUCAAAGUUUGCAACUAUGAUACAUCCUCCAUUUUAUUUUUAAGGUGUAACUUUUAUUUUGAAAUGGCACUGUUAUAUUUGGUGAAGAAAAAAGUGAAAGUGCAGCCCAUGCCUUUAAACUGUGUUGUUCAAAGUGAGAUUGCUCCCCAGCCUUUUCAGAUUUUCAGAUAAGUAGAGAUUUUCAGAGCAACACUUUUGACUAAGAAAAUUAUUAAAAAUGAAACCUUACUAAUGUGUCUGCUACUUUUCAUUAAUGCUGCAUGGCUUAACAUGCUAUCUUGUACACUAAUUUUAAAUUUCUGCUUGCAGUUUUAGGGGAGUUAAAGGAGAUUUAUUUUCAGAAGACUGCUAGAUCACACCCAGAAUACACAAAUUAGCCUG